AUGGAGAGUGAUCAGCCCCCUCCGCCCGGCUCUCCGGUCCCCGAUGGGGUGACACUGGGCUUCGUCACCCAGCUGCUGAUCUUCGCGGUGUCGGUGCUGACAGUGCUGGCCUGGUUGGUGCAGAUGACUCGGAGGUCUCGGCGCUCCCCAGCCGCCGGUGCCCGGACCCUGCUGUGUGCUCUGUACCGCUUCCCUUCCAUAGGAGAGAUGUGGAGCGCAGCCUGGGCUCAGGCCCUGAACCUGGAGACCCGGAGGAGCCAGAGCUCCUUAAAGAUGCAGUUUGAAGAGAAUUUCCACCUUCAGCAAAAUGUGCGGAUCAGUGACCUUACCUGUUCAAAGCAUUUCGACAACUGCAUGGUAUUCCUCUGCAGCAUUUCUGCAGACGCUGUCAAAUUUCCAGUCUUUGUUACCCAAGAGUCUCUUGCUGCUGUAUCCUGUGAAACUUACCAGGUAUCCCUAACUAUACAACAGGCACAGGUAGAAGUUAAACUACAGGAACAGGUACUAGAAGGGCUGCUGGUGUCCUGGAGUUUCAAGGACCGACCUAAUAUGUUGCUUGAGAUUAUUCCUACCCGAUCACAUCAGAGCACAGAGAGGAGUGCAGAUCUUUGCACAUUAAAAGAUCUAAUACAGAAUGCUCUGUUCUCAGCGGAACCUGCCAUGAUGUUCACUCUGAAUGCUAAUAUUGGUGAUACGGGUAUUUGUGACAAACUGCUAACAGAAUCCUCCUCAAAAACGGAGCCUUUCAGACUAAUUGUUCAACAGCUGCGUCUACACAACGUAAUGCUGCUAGAAGCUGAUGUUCAAUUGAUGUGUGAAGCGGAGUUGGACAAUCCUUUCCAAAGAAAACAGACCCGAGUUAUCAGAUUGCAGAACAAAGGGGAGGUCUGCAGUGUCUCAUGGACUGAGGAAAUGACAUUUGACCUUACCCAUCAGAGUAAGGGACUUUCUUUGAAGGUAUAUCAGCUGUCCAAGGGAACAGACAAUGUCCUUUUGGGGAACACCUUAGUGGCUCUGUGUUCACCGGGUAGAGAAAUGAGUCGAAGGCAUGUAUACCCUCUGACUCCAAGUCCAGUGUUGCCUAAAACAACAAUGCAAGCCAUCUCUGUGGAGGUUAACCUUAUUUAUGCUGCUCUGGGAACACCAACUGAGAGACUAAGUAUCACACCUACUAAGAAGGUGGAGAUGGAUCGCACUGUAAUGCCAGAUGGUACCCUAAUAACUACUGUAACUACCAUUCAGUCCCGACCCAAGUUUGAUGGGAAGAUGGAUUCUGCUGUAAGGUCUCCAACAAAAGUAGAAGUGUCUGAGAACAAACCAGUGGUGUUGCCUCACACCUACUCUUCUGGCUCCUUUCCAAGUGGAAGCGAUGGCUUCAUGCAGUUGCUAGAUGGAUCGCCAGUCUCCAUCAAAUUGGAUCCAGUGGCAGAAACUGCAAUUAGACAACUGACAGAGCCAAUGAACAAGCCAUCCAAGAGGACUCCCACCAAACGUAGCACUUUAAUUAUUUCGGGGGUGUCGAAGGUUGCUGUUGGAGAAGAUGAGAUGGCGCAUUCACUUGGAUAUGCAGCUUCUAUGGAUGCUUCAUUACAGAGUCCUUCUAAUACUGUUCAGGAUUCAUUAAUUGAAGCUUCUUCACAAUUUCUUUCUGAGAUGGCACUUUCUUUGGGCCAGGAUACAUGUGACACCACAAAAUCAGAUAUUUCUGGCUGGCCAUCAUUGGAUGAUGUAGAUUCUGAAACAGGAUCAAUUCGGGCCUUGGAGACACGGAGCCUAAAAGAUCACAAAGUUGGAUUUCUCCGCAGUGGCACUAGGCUUCCCUUCAGUCGGCAUCGUCAGAAUGCAGGUCUGAGCCAGUCACAUGAUGAUUUGUCUGAUGCUGCUGCUGCUAACUCUCAUAAGAAGAUUGGCAGUCUUCCACGGCGUCUGUUAAAGCACUUUUCUCUAAAGACAAAGUCUAAGCCCAGUGUUAAUGGGAGUGCUCAGGGUGGAGAUAAGUGA